UUCUACGACUGCACUACUACUACUACUGCUACUAACUAGUGUUUUCUCUCUUUCUUUUUUCAACACUCUUCUCUAGAGAGAGAGAGAAAGACUCGUACUGUUGAGAGAGAAAGAAGAGGUUAAUGGCGGUGUCUCGGAGAUGGGUUUGUGUUUCGGUUGCUGUUCUUCUCAUGUUCUGUUUCGCCGGAGUAAUGGCCAGAGUUCGCAUGGAUUCGAGAGAUGAAGGAACAGAGGAGUUGCAGAGCUCGAGUAACUCAACAAUGGCUGCCAGAGGUUCUGGUAAGGAUGAGGAAGCUGUCAAUCAUGAACAUGCAGUGGAAAACCCAGAUGAAGUUGCUUCCAUGGUUGAAAUGGAAAUUCGCAACAGUACUGAGAGGAGAAAGCUUGGAUUCUUCUCAUGUGGAACUGGGAACCCAAUUGAUGACUGCUGGCGCUGUGACCCCAACUGGCAAAAGAACCGCAAGCGUUUAGCUGACUGUAGCAUUGGUUUUGGUAAAAACGCCAUUGGUGGUCGUGAUGGUCGCUUCUAUGUGGUCACUGAUCCCAAGGACGAUGACCCUGUUAACCCAAAGCCCGGAACUCUUCGUCAUGCUGUUAUCCAGGAAGAGCCUCUGUGGAUUGUAUUCAAGAGAGACAUGGUUAUCCAGUUAAAGCAGGAGCUCAUCAUGAACAGCUUCAAAACUAUUGAUGGUCGUGGUGUCAAUGUCCACAUUGCUAAUGGAGCCUGCAUCACCGUUCAAUUUGUCACCAACAUCAUUAUUCAUGGUCUCCACAUCCAUGACUGCAAGCCCACUGGCAACGCCAUGGUUAGGAGCUCGCCCUCUCAUUUUGGGUGGCGAACAAUUUCUGAUGGUGAUGCCGUCUCAAUUUUUGGAUCAAGCCACAUUUGGGUUGAUCACAAUUCACUUUCUAACUGUGCCGAUGGUCUCGUCGAUGCUGUCAUGGGCUCGACUGCCAUUACCAUUUCCAACAACCACUUCACCCACCACAAUGAGGUUAUGCUGUUGGGACAUAGUGAUUCAUACACAAAAGACAAGUUGAUGCAAGUUACCAUUGCCUACAACCAUUUUGGAGAAGGUCUUAUCCAGAGAAUGCCAAGAUGUAGGCACGGAUAUUUCCAUGUGGUGAACAAUGACUACACUCAUUGGGAGAUGUAUGCCAUUGGUGGAAGUGCAGAUCCCACCAUUAAUAGCCAGGGUAACAGAUACGCUGCUCCAACUAACCGUUUUGCAAAAGAGGUGACAAAGAGGGUGGAGACAUCUGCUGGUGUCUGGAAAAACUGGAAUUGGAGGUCAGAGGGAGAUCUGCUAUUGAAUGGUGCCUACUUCACCCCAUCUGGCGCAGGAGCCGCGAAUAGCUAUGCUAGAGCCUCAAGCUUGGGAGCCAAGUCCUCAUCUAUGGUUGGAACCAUUACUUCCAAUGCUGGUGCACUUCCUUGUCGCAGAGGUCAUCAAUGCUAGUAGUAUAUGAGUAUUGAGUCUUCUAUUAAAUGGCCAAAAGAAAAAGGGCAUUUUUUUCUUCUUCUUUUCAUUUGAUCUUUUUUUUUUUUUCUUUCCCUUAUAAUUUUACAAUUAUAUAGCAUUUACCCCUUUCCCCAUAUCAUAUCCAUAUCUCUUACCUUUUAAACACCCCAAAAAAAAACCAAAAGAAAAAAGAAAGCAUUUACCAUAUCCCACCCAUUGUUUUGUCUCCAUUCUUAAAUGUUUGGCAUAUUUUGACAAGUGUACAUUAUGUAACACAUGUCAAUACUAUCAUAUUAUCCCAUUGUAUUGCCAGUUUGUGUAUCUGUUACUGCCCAACCUCGGCCUACUUCAACCAAAAAAUACAAUCACAUUUUAGGAGUAGGCGCGGAAGCGUUGUUCCCUUUGUUCUUCCUUUUGUUCAUCUUUUUCUUUCUUUCUUCCUAAGCUUCCUUCUAAAGUCCAAACCAACUGUGUGUCCCUUUCCCCCCCAAAUUCAAAACCCAUCUUUAUUUCUUUUCCGGUUUAUAGGAUUUGAAUGAUUUUGUGAUUUUUACUUUUUUUUUUUUUUGGUCUUGCUUUGAAAUUGUCCAGUCAUACAAAGCAAUAGUAUGAAUGUCAAAGUUGAGUCGUACAAGACUUUGUUACAGAAUGAUGCAUAGCAAUAGCAAGUGAUGCCUCUCUUUUUUUA